UACUUCUUUUUGCAUUUUCCUUCCCCUACCCUUUCUUCUCCACUUUUUUUUCUCUCUCCUUUUUUUCUUUUUUUUUCGCCUUGAGCUGAAUGAGCCCAGCGUGUGUUGAAAACAACAAAAAAAGCGAAUUAAUAAUAAAAUAUUGAGAAAAAGCCUCGCAACAGGUCGGGCUGGUCAGUAUCGGAUGCGAGCUAGCGCCGGGUCUCUUUUGGGCACUCCUCACUCCCCAGGCGCCGGACUCCUGCAGUCCCUGCGCUGCUGGCCACUCUCGGGACACUGUGGCUGAGGGGUGCUUGGAGGGGAUUAGGGGGUCCUGUGGGACUUGGUCUCCUUUAGAAUUUUUCCUCCCGCCGCAGCCCCCUCCUGCCGGGGCUGAGGGUGCUUUUGGCUCACUGCUGGGUGGGGUGAGCUAGGAAGAGGAUGCAGUUUCUGGGCUCUGAGACGAGCUGAGCUGAGGACCAUUUAUUCUCCUCUCCCUGCCUCUGUGGUUCAGCAAACUAGACCUGCAAACUCGGCCUGAACUUCGGUGGAACCCACCCUUUCCCUUUUUAUUUUAUUUUUUUCCUCUUUCUCUUAUUUUCAAAUUCCUCGAGGAGGUUCGAGGGCCGGAGUGAAAGAUCAGACGGACAAAAACCCCCAAUCAUCAUGCUGGGGAAGAACCAAGUAGCGAAGGGAGCACCCGAUGGGGCCGAGAAGCCCAGCUCCUCUGCGGGACAGCGCUGCCUCAGGACUUUGGCCCCUUGCUCCCUGCUGCCGGCCGUGGUGUCCGCGAUGUGUGUGAUUGCCUGCCUGUACCUGGGGGUGAAAACCAAUGACCUGCAGGCGAGGAUCUCGGCCAUCGAGGCAGCCAAAGGGGAACUUCCUUAUCAGCUCCUGCCGGCUUCCUUGGAUCGACUGGAAACAAUGAUGCAAGAGAAAAUGGAACGACUUUUGGCUCAGAAAUCCUAUGAGCAUUUGGCUAAAGUAAGAAUCGCCAGAGAAUCACCUCUAGAGUGUAACUGCCCAGCAGGACCUCCUGGGAAACGUGGUAAGAGGGGCAGAAGAGGAGAAUCUGGUCCUCCUGGUCAGCCGGGUCCACAGGGCCCUCCUGGUCCCAAAGGUGACAAGGGAGAUCAAGGGGAUCAGGGCCCUCGGGGUCUGCCAGGCUUCCCCACAGUUGCGGCUCUGCACAGUAAUCAGAUACUCACCGUCAAGGGUGACCAAGGACAGGCUGGCCCUCCUGGACCACCUGGACCACCAGGACCCAGAGGGCCCCCUGGGGACACAGGGAAAGAUGGUCCCCGUGGCAUGCCGGGAGUACCUGGUGAACCGGGAAAACCAGGAGAACAAGGCUUAAUGGGACCUCAGGGGCCUCCAGGACAAAAGGGUUCUAUUGGAGCACCUGGCACUCCAGGGAUGGAUGGGAAAAUGGGUGAACCUGGCUUGCCCGGAACAGCGGGACAGAAUGGCACACCUGGGCCUAAGGGCGAUCCUGGAGAGCGAGGAGAAAAGGGAGAUGCUGGAGACAGUGGACCCAAAGGUGACAUGGGUGAAAAGGGUGACCCUGGAUCUUCUGCCGCAGGAAUUAAGGGAGAACCUGGAGAAUCUGGCCGACCGGGGCAAAAGGGUGAACCAGGGCUGCCUGGGCUGCCUGGACUUCCGGGGAUAAAGGGAGAGCCAGGUUUCAUUGGUCCGCAGGGAGAACCAGGGUUACCAGGGUUACCUGGAACAAAGGGUGAACGUGGAGAAGCCGGGUCUCCUGGGAGAGGUGAGCGAGGUGAACCUGGAGCUCCUGGACCCAAGGGGAAACAAGGUGAAUCAGGAGCUAGAGGUCCCAAAGGGUCAAAGGGUGAUCAUGGAGACAAAGGUGACUCUGGAGCUCUGGGACCAAGGGGUCCUCCUGGGCAAAAGGGAGAUCCAGGAGCAACAGAAAUCAUAGACUACAAUGGCAAUAUUCAUGAGGCCUUGCAGAGGAUUACUACUUUAACUGUCACGGGACCCCCAGGACCUCCGGGACCACAAGGAUUGCAGGGACCAAAGGGUGAGCCAGGAUCUCCAGGAACACCAGGAGUUGAUGGUGAACAGGGUCCUAAAGGCUCAAAGGGAGACAUGGGGGAUUCGGGUCAGCCAGGUGAAAAGGGAGGAAUUGGACUUCCUGGAUUACCGGGUGCCAAUGGCAUGAAAGGAGAGAAAGGAGACUCUGGUUUACCGGGGCCGCAGGGACCCUCUAUCAUCGGCCCACCAGGUCCACCAGGCCCCCAUGGUCCACCAGGUCCAAUGGGACCCCAUGGACUUCCUGGGCCAAAGGGUGAACCAGGGUUAAAUGGUCUUAAAGGAUUGAAGGGUGAACCAGGUCAAAAGGGUGACAGAGGACCCCUUGGUCUUCCAGGAGCAUCUGGCUUAGACGGAAAGCCAGGAUCCCGGGGUACAGAUGGCCCUAUUGGACCCCAUGGACCUGCAGGUCCUAAAGGAGAAAGAGGUGAAAAGGGAGCCAUGGGAGAGCCCGGACCCAGGGGACCUUAUGGUUUGCCUGGUUUUCCCGGUCCUCGAGGAGAGAAGGGUGAUUUAGGAGAGAAAGGAGAAAAGGGAUUCCGUGGAGUUAAGGGGGAGAAGGGGGAGCCGGGUCAGCCUGGCCUGGAUGGCCUGGAUGCCCCUUGCCAAUUGGGGCCGGAUGGAUUACCGAUGCCUGGGUGUUGGCAAAAGUGAUGAAUCUAACCUUACAAGCAUGAAGUUGUGUAUAUAAUGCUCUACAUUUUGUAUUUAUAGUUGAAAAAUGAAAUAUAGGUUUUACAAGUCUGAGAUAUGUUUACAUGUAGCUGCUUCUACCUGUUUGAAUUGGCCAUACGUACAUCUUCUCUUCACUUACAUCUGAAGUUAGACAGUAUAGAAAACCAUGUGGAGAGAAACCUGAAAACCCACAGAUUGAGAGCUCUCUGGUAUGACAACAUGUAGCCAUGCAGAAAUAGCAGAGAUAGAGUGUGAUUGUGCCUGCCAUGAUUUGCCCUUCCAUUGGACUCCCAUGGACAAUAAGUUCUACGAACUAGUCGUUUACGUGAAAUUGUGACCAAAUAUGGACUAAAAGCUAUGAAAUGUAUGGUACUGACUGAUUGUAUGUAGAGCUGAAUGUCUUCUCAUCCACAUUCAUCUCGGCCACCACCAUUGACCCACCCCCCUUACCUGUUGAGAUAAACUAAAAGAGCAUGAAGUGUGUGCCCAACCUGCUUGUCCGAUGCUAACCCGAUGUUUCCUGACACCUUUGAUCCCAGUCACUGAACAUUUGUGUUCCUUUUGUCAUUUUAUCAUUCCCAAGGGGGUCACACCGUGGCUUAUUGCCAAAAAGAGAUAAGUCCGUGGAGCAAGAACACGAAAAAGGUCUUGUAUUUUGAGGGAGCUGCAGUCCUGACUGCAGAGCGACAGCUUCCAGUUUUGUGGGGGUCCCAUGGGCCACCUUGGUUAAAAAUACAAGGUGCCAGGCCUGUUGCCCACCAACAGUUUUCCUUGUACUGCUCCUGGCAGUGAAGACGUGCAAGGCGGACAAGUUCAGCGUCAGGCGCUGUCUCUCGUGUGACUGAGUAGGGAAGAGGUUUACAAAAGCAAACACCCAGAGCAGAACAAAAAAGUUUUUAACUUAAAAUAAAUUAAAAAAAAAGAAUUCCACAACUGAAAACAUGGGUGGUUUGGAAAGAUGACGGAAAUGUCCAGUGGUUCUUCUGGGGUAGGAGAUAUUUGAAACAACAGAACUUCUCUCUGAGGAAUGGACAACUGGGGGUCACCAUGUUGCAUGAUAGGGUUGCUAAAGAAAGGACAGGCUUUGAUGAGAAGUCAAAAUCACGCACUCUCCUACGAAGUAAAAUGGCCAAGUUCAUCUGGACAGUCCAUGCUGCAACGUGAUUGGACAGUGUAUUUUUUGAAAAACAAUUCAUGUUGAACCUUUUCUACAGGGUUUUGGAAACUGAUGAUAUUUUCAUUUCUUUUGAUUUUUUUUUUCUUUUGGCCGCCACUUUUUCCUUGUACCUUGCCCACUCCCAAGUAUUUGUUUAUUUGUUUCCAUUUUCUUUUGUAUUUGUUGUGACCAAUUUUUAAGCACUGGAAGUCCUUCAAAUCAUGUGAGCCUGUUUCUAAAAACAUUUUUUUAAAACUUUGAGUAUUCUCAUACUCAAAAAAAGACACUGUCCUCUCCAGCACUGUGACACAGUUGGCCUUUAGCGACCACCCCAUUGAGGACAGCUGGAAAGAGCCGAAGAAAAAGAAGAGAGGCUCAGACCCCUGACUUUGUUAACUUUUAAGCAUUCAAGUGAUGCAUUUUCAUAAUUUCAGUGCUUUCGUGUUGACUUUCUUUGAUAUGGUAAAUAUAUACUAUGUAAGGUCACUCCCUGCCUGAAACAUGGCUCCAGGCGCCUCUAACUGUGCAGAAUUGCUUUCUAUUCCUCAUGGUUCUAUUUAGAGCUAAGCUUUGUCUGUAUUCAGAUUCUUUUAUAAUUAUGGUUACGUACCUGAAUGUCUUAUCCGCAGACCAAAUCUGAGCUAUCAGAAAUAUGUCAGAGAUAGAGCUGCUCUUUCAUAAAUAGAGCAUCUGUUUCCACCUAUUUGUCCCAAAGCCCCUAACCAUCUCAGGCUGUCUAUUUCUUGGAUGCUUUGAAAGGGAAAUGCUUUCCUGGCUAUUCUAAAUGGAAAGGUUACCUCAAAACAAGUCUCAGUGGAGGAAGGUCUAUAGUUUUGAGCCAUGCCGUAAUUCAGAUCCCCUCCUGAGUGUGUGUCCUUUUAUAGGGAAGUUCCCAUUCCAUGCACGCAUUUUCAAUAACCAAAAGGAAAAACAGAUGAUCUCCAUCUCACUUUUUAUUCAGUUGCCAGCAUUUCAGAAGGGAUCCAUGAUCUCUCUUUUACAAUAUGUAGCAGAAUGAUCAAUCAUACCAAAUGUCCUCUUCUUUUUAUUUUGUUUUUUUUUUUACCCCCAUCCCUUUUAUUCUUCAUUGACUUCUUUCCAGGAGGGUGUAGGGGAGGGGGGGUAAUCAAACCACUGGAUUAACUCAUUUGAGUGGUAACAUUUUCAGUAACAUUCCACCCCGGAGCCCUGUCCAGCAUUCUUGGGAGUCUUUGAGGAGCACCUUCUAAUCUUCUGUGCUAUGACUUAGGUUAGGAUGGAGGGAACUUGGGUGAAUGGGGCAAAGAGCUUCUUCUUUGUCUGAAACAAUUUGUCUUAAGCCAGUGUUGAACAGAACCCUAAAGAGGCUAGGGCUCUGAAGUCUUUUAAAAAAUAGCUGUAAAUAUAAGAAUUUGACAGGGAUAUUUCAUCCUUGUUAUUUUUUUUCUUUCUUUUCCUCUUACAGAAGUGAAUGGAGAUGAAUUACUCUUUAAAGUUUGCUUAGAUUCAAAACAGAACAAAAGGAAACUUUUCUCAAUCUUUUCCCCCAUUGGGAUGCCUUCAAUAUAGUUUUUUUUAAGUUUUUGAUUUUUCAAGGGGCUAUUCCAACCUAUCUGAAUAUACAGUUUUGUAACCGAUUUGACAAUACUGUUUUUCAUUCAAUGAGCAAAGGAGGCUGUAAACCUGAUUUCUGUGUACUUGGGAAUAUGACCAAAGAAGGUACUUCUCAGCCUAGGGAGAACACCUAGUAUAUGGACAUAAAGUACACCUGGAAGACAAGUCAAAUUCUCAUCCAAAACUUUUCUUUCCAGUCUGCAAAUGUGGUAAACUCCUCUGUCUUGCAACAAAAGAUGUAGUUAUUCAUUUCAUUGACUGGAGAAGAAGUUCUAUUAACAUGAGGGUCUCUUUCAGUGUGACUUUCAGUGAGAUCUAAUGGGUUAGUCAUGUCUUUCGAUGCAGAUUUUGGAAAGAUGCCUAUUUUCUUUGUAGGUCUUUUUGUGCAUAUAAGAAGUUUUGGAUAUUGAAAAAAAAACAAGCUUAGUCUAGUUAUAAAAAGAGAGGAUCCUUCGAAAACACAAAACAGGUUGUUUUAUCUUUCAAACUAUUUUGACGUUGUUUUAGUGCUAAUAUAUUAUUUUUCUUGGAAGAGCAGAGUGAGGAAGUAAGCUCCAUUAUGGACCACGUCUUGUCUGUUUGGCAGCCUGCUUCAGCUAGCUUGGAGGUAGGAGAGGAGGGGAAUCCUUUUAAAAUGGGCAGACUUGCAGUGAUGGGGAUUCAAUGACUAGCCCUCCCAACUGCCACAAUGUUUCACUGACCUGUGUUUACAUAGAACAUAUAUCCUCUCACUUAGUGUCUCAUGGUUUAUCUUAUUUCUUAUUUUUUAUAUUCAUUUAUCAACUUCCACACUCACUCCAAUCAAUAACAGAGUUCCUCUCUAGAGGGGCCAAGUUGACAUGUACUACCCACACUUGAACACAGGACACAAAUAUGUAUACAUUUUCUCUGGUUUUAAUUUAUCUUAGUCUCAAUCUAGCUUGAGGGAGUAUUUCCUCCCCCCCCCACACCCCUUUUUUUCUUUGGAUAACAUUUAUGGAAAAUUAAAUCUAUGACACAGGUUGUUGGUGCUAUACACAAAAUUCUUUUCUUUUUUCCUUUCUUUUUGGUGAAUUUCUCAUCAGUGUGUAGUUCUGAUAAGACAGGGAGUACCUGUAUUAUCUGGCUUCAUAUAAAUGUUUUUUGACAAUAGCAAAAGUGUAUGUAUAAAUGCAAGUUUGGAAAAUGGUCAAAUCAGCAUGCCUGCAACUAUGAAAAUAUUGUGUAUAGCAUUUUGAAAUGUUUGAUCCCUUCCAGACUCAUUCUCUAUCUUGCUGAUGUAGCAUGAAAAGUUGAAAUUCUCAUUUUCUAGUUAUAUGUUAUUAAAAGUACGGCCCUAUGUAGAAAUGGGUUAUGUUCUUGUUCUGCUGUUUGAACACCUUCCCAUAAGUGAAAACAUCAUGGUGGGCAAACAGAUGUCAGCAUUUCAAACUUCAUUAGCUCUACUUCUUGGUGAUCAAAUUGUUCGUUUGGUUUUUAUCAGCAAGUCUUCAAGACAAUCUAGGAGAGACCCUUUCAUCUCUACAGAAUCUUACUUAAUUUUUCAUUUUUUUAACUGAAAACUUUGGUACCUCCAGAAGCUUGGUUCUGUAUGGGAACCUAUGGUUAGAAUUAAAUGUAAACAGGUUUAAUGAUGAGAUAUGUGCUGCAAUUAAAAUAGUAUAUCUAAGGUAUUAUUAACAUUCGUAAGCAUUUGCUACAAUCCUGCCAACUUAGUAGGGAAAUAAGGACGCUAAGCCUCUCCUACCAUUUCCCUGAAACAUUGGCUUAGGUAGCUGGAUUCAUUGAGAUGCAUAGUAGGGAAUCACCUCCAACCUUAAUUUCUGGUGGAGUUUGUACUAAUCCACUACAGAAUGAAUAGCAUGAAAAAUAAUGCCACUUUAAAUGCAGUUUUUUAAAAAGCUAAUCACGCUGCUGAUUAAUAGAACUAUCCUUACUUGGUAAACAGGGGUACCUUACUCAACCUAGAACUUUUAUUUCAGCAUUUGUUGACGUUUAACCAAAAAUUAUCAGAAUUUCUCAUAAUGUAGUUGGUACAUGCACACAUAUCAGAAAUAUUAUUGAAUUAGAUUCAUGGAGGACGUUUUACAUACUGUUAACACUUUUGUGGAUAUUCUUUUAUUCAUGUACAUGUUUGGAAAAAUAGAAUACUGUGCAGCUGAUUAACAUUUGUAAAAGAUGUAUCUGACCAUCUUUUUCCUUUGGAAAAUAUAUUUUUAUUUGUAUUUUUUACUUUUUUUAAGUUCAUCAAUAUGUGCAGUUAUUUUUGUAUUACAGAAGACGAGUGAUCUCAUCGAUACAUGACAGGAGAAAAAAAUGCAAAAAGUAUUUUAGCAAGCUUUACCCUGCUUAUGGUUGAAACCUUCUAUGGGCCAGUCUCAUGUCAUUGAUUAUAUUAAGAGUAUGUUGUGUCUUAUCACUGUAAAUAUGGCACAAAUCUGGAUUUCCCAGUUAUGUAAAUAAUAGCAAAGUUGCAUUUUGAUGACUUAGUUUAUCUUCAUUGUAACCUUGACGGCUGCCUUUGUUGAAUCAGGAAAAAAACCAGCAUGGGUUUGUUUUUUGGUUUGAAAAUAUUGCCUUGGUUUUCCAUUUUCCAUUUGUUUUAUUUGAGUUUUUUAACUUGUCUAGGGGGUCCCUAGUUUGUGAGAAGUUGAUCUUCAGAAUUAUUUUUACACUAUUUAUGACUUAUUUUCAUAAUGUAAAAAGUGUGUAAUUAUUAAAAUAUUAGUCCAAACAUUGA